GGUGACGCACUUUUUGCUCAGACCCAUUGGUUUACGGACGUUCCUUGUCGACGUCGGAGUAAACGUUUUUUGGGCCCUACGUCCUCAAUAACCGGUGACAAUGCGUGAAUGCAUCUCUGUGCACGUCGGCCAGGCCGGCGUACAAAUCGGCAAUGCGUGUUGGGAAUUGUACUGCUUGGAGCACGGCAUCCAGCCGGACGGUCAGAUGCCGAGCGACAAGACCAUUGGCGGAGGCGACGACUCCUUCAACACCUUCUUCAGCGAGACGGGCGCCGGCAAGCACGUGCCCCGCGCCGUCUACGUGGACCUGGAGCCAACCGUCGUGGACGAAGUGCGCACUGGAACCUACAGGCAGCUGUUCCACCCAGAGCAGCUGAUCACCGGCAAGGAGGAUGCGGCAAACAACUAUGCUCGCGGCCACUACACGAUCGGCAAGGAGAUUGUGGAUCUGGUGCUGGACCGGAUCAGGAAGCUGGCAGACCAGUGCACGGGCCUGCAGGGUUUCCUCAUCUUCCACAGCUUUGGAGGUGGCACUGGCUCGGGCUUCACCUCGCUCCUUAUGGAGCGCCUCUCGGUUGACUACGGCAAGAAGUCCAAGCUCGAGUUCGCCAUCUACCCAGCCCCACAGGUCUCUACAGCAGUCGUGGAACCCUACAACUCCAUUCUCACCACGCACACCACCCUUGAGCAUUCAGACUGUGCUUUCAUGGUCGAUAACGAGGCCAUUUAUGACAUCUGCCGGCGCAACCUUGACAUUGAAAGGCCCACCUACACCAACCUGAACAGGCUCAUCGGCCAGAUCGUCUCCUCAAUCACUGCCUCCCUGCGGUUUGAUGGUGCUCUGAACGUCGACCUGACGGAGUUCCAGACCAACCUGGUGCCCUACCCCCGUAUCCACUUCCCUCUUGUCACGUAUGCUCCCGUCAUCUCUGCUGAGAAGGCUUACCACGAGCAGCUCACUGUGGCAGAGAUCACAAAUGCCUGCUUUGAGCCUGCCAACCAGAUGGUCAAGUGUGACCCCCGCCAUGGAAAGUACAUGGCCUGCUGCCUCCUGUACCGUGGAGAUGUUGUGCCCAAAGAUGUCAAUGCAGCUAUUGCAGCCAUCAAGACCAAGCGCACAAUCCAGUUUGUGGACUGGUGCCCCACAGGAUUUAAGGUUGGCAUCAACUACCAGCCCCCAACUGUUGUCCCCGGUGGAGACCUUGCCAAAGUCCAGCGUGCCGUGUGCAUGCUGUCCAACACGACGGCCAUUGCCGAGGCCUGGGCACGCCUUGACCACAAGUUUGACCUCAUGUAUGCCAAGCGGGCAUUCGUUCACUGGUACGUCGGUGAAGGCAUGGAGGAAGGAGAGUUCUCAGAGGCCAGGGAGGACUUGGCCGCCUUGGAGAAAGACUACGAGGAGGUCGGCAUCGACUCUGCCGAGGGUGCAGAAGACGAUGGUGGCGAAGAGUUCUAAAGAGGAAAGAUCUGUUGCCUUCCUGCUCGGGGCAUGGAAUAAAAGAGCAGUCUUCAUUGCCUGAA